CCCGCCCUUUUCCUUUCCUCCGCGGCUGUGCGCGGUCUCCCGCCCACUGGGCGCCGCUGGCUAGCUCUGCCACAGAGAAAGCCUCCAGCCGGCUAGAGCAACAACUCCCAGUCGGAAGUUACGGUUGAAGUCCGGGCAGCCAUAAUUGAUAAUGGCAAGAGGCGUUUCCUGUCUCCCGUCUGACGUACACACGUUUCCUUCGUUCUGUCCCCGUUACCCCGGGCAACAGCGGAGCGGUCUGGGAAGGAACGAACCCGCAAAAAUGAAGUACUCUUGUCUCUUCUGGGGUUAGUCUGAUGUCACCUUUUGAGCAAAAGCACUGUAUCCAGCAGUUAUAGAUGGCAGAAGUGAAGUCGAUGUUCCAUGAAGUCCUUCCAAAACAAGGGCAGUUGUCUGUGGAAGAUGUAACCACAAUGGUGCUGUGUAAACCCAAACUUUUACCCUUAAAAUCUCUGACUCUGGAAAAACUGGAGAAAAUGCAGCAAGCAGCACAGGAUACAAUCCGCCAACAAGAAAUGGCCGAAAAAGAAGACCGGCAAAUAGCCCAGUGACGAGUACCACUUUAAGGGGACAGA